AUGGAUAUAGUCCAGAAAGAAGUGGAAAGAUUUGAUAAAAUUGAAGGAUUUUUAGUCAAUAUGAGUGUCGCCGGUGGAACGGGUUCUGGACUUGGUUCUCUAAUAACCCAACAGCUUUGCGACAGUUAUAAACACAGUCUAAAACAGAUUGUUUGGCCGUUCAGUAGUGGAGAAGUGAGUGUACAGGCAUACAACACAUUGCUUACACUUUCUUCUCUCUACGAUAAUUCUGACGCACUUUUAGUAGUCGAAAACGAUGGGAUCAGAAAAUUAUCAUCUCGAUAUGCUGGAUAUCAAAGAAUUUCUAGCAAAAAUCCAAUUGGAUUCCAAAUGAUUAAUAAAGUAAUAUCGAGACAAUUUGCCUCCGUCAUUCUCCCAGCGGGUCACAUUGACUUGGAACAAGGUCCUACAAAACUGAACAGAAUUCUAGAAUGCGUUGCUCCAAACCCUCAAUUCAAACUAUUAAACAUUCGCAGUGUUCCUCACACAAGUUAUUCUUCUGCCGAAUACGAAUUCCAUCAAUGGGAUGGACUGGUGCGUUACCUCCGUCAAAUGCUCGCCUCGAAUUCCCACAUAGACAAUUGGUCUGCGUUAUCAUCCAGGGCACUAAGUUCAAUGUUAUUCCUACGAGGAAACGAAAUCCAUCGCUUUAAUACAAAUAUUCUCAAUUCGUCACAUGGAUGUCGAUACGGGGCAUUUGGGGACUCUUUAACAGUGUGGGCCAGCCCAAGAAGUUUGGGAGAAAGUGACAAGUUUGCAAGUGUUUUAACAAAUGGACAAUCCCUUCUGCCCUCUUUAAAGAGUAUUGUAGAGAAGGCAUGGCUUAUGUUCUCCUUCCGAGCAUUUGUCCAUCAAUAUGAAAGGCAGGGAAUGGAGACAGAAGAAUUUGACCGAGCCUUCGAUCAUUUGGAGCUUAUUUUGAAAAAUUAUAGCAAAUUGUGA